CAGCCCACUCAUUCACCAAGAUUUGCUCGUCUGUCUUGACUCUGAUCAGAAUGGGUUUCUUUCCCCGCAUGCUGCACAAUACCAUCCACAUCCAGCCUUCUGUACUGUGGGCUUUGGAAAGUUAAGCAGAGUCUGGAAAUCAGAGUUGUUCUCUUCUGCCUUCUAGUGGAUGCUACGUAAGGUCACUGGAAAACAAGGAAUAAAUGAUACCAAGUUGGCUAAUGGGCACAUCGAGGAAACAAAAAUCAAAUAAAAAUAGCUCUUUGACCUUGAGCUACUUCUACACAAUGUACUCCCAGCCAAAGGACUUUUGGGAAAGUAACCCAGCACUGAAAGCCCAGUGAAGAAGAUUUAGCCUUUCAAUCCAAAAAGGCAAAAAAAAAAAAAAUGAAUUUCAGUGACUUGUAUUCCGAUUACCAUAACAGUUGUAUCAUUAAGCUCCACUAUGAGUACAUAGGGAAACUAAACCUUGACAAAUACAAAGAUACUAUCAAACCGGAAGCAAUUGCAUUCAUCCUGGUUUGCGUGCUUAUUGUUGUGGAAAACGCGAUUGUGCUGGUGGCCAUCUGGAAGAACAAGAAGUUCCACAUGCCCAUGUAUUACUUACUAGGCAACCUGACUCUGUCGGAUCUGCUGGCUGGAUUCACAUACAUGGUCAAUAUCCUCUCGUCAGGACCCAGAACUCUUAAAUUGACCCCUCUGCUUUGGUUUCUGAGGGAGGGCGGAGUCUUCAUCACACUCGCCGCGUCAGUCAUCAGUUUGUUGGCCAUCGCCAUUGAGCGGCACAUCACCAUGGUGAAGAUGAAGCCCUAUCAUGGCACUAAGCGCAUCCGUAUGUUUGCCUUGAUUGGUGCCAGCUGGGCACUGGCUGCCUUGCUCGGUGUGCUGCCCAUUAUAGGCUGGAACUGCAUACAUAAACUACAUCUGUGCUCCACCGUGCUUCCACUCUAUGCCAAGAGCUACGUCCUGUUCUGCGUCACUGUCUUCAGUGCCAUCCUGCUAGCCAUUGUCGUGCUAUACGGGCGCAUCUUUCACACCGUCAAGAGAAAUACAAAGAGGUUGGGCAGCAUAAGGCGCAAGGGCAUGGCACGCCGGUCACAGAAGUACAUGGCCCUGCUAAAGACUGUUACCAUUGUCCUGGGGGUCUUCAUUGCCUGUUGGCUGCCACUCUUCCUGCUCUUACUGCUGGACUUUAUAUGCGAAACUGGUACUUGCCUCAUCUUGUUCAAGGCGGACUACUUUCUGGGGUUAGCGAUGAUCAACUCGCUGAUCAACCCUAUUAUAUACACGCUGACGAGUAAGGACAUGCGCAAGGCCAUUAUUAAGCUGCUCUGUCGUCACUGUUUGAUCACUGAAGAUGGUCAGGUAAAGAAGAUCGGAGUACCCUUCCUGGAGUGCAGCUUAAGCAAACCUGAGCCAACUGUUCACCAUGGCCUUGAUACCACCAUCUCCUCUGGGAAUGGCACAUCUUCCCCAAUUCGAGUCAUCGCCCCAAAGAUCAAAGCUGUCAGACUAUGAAUACUGAUUGAGUCACUGGGUGCUGGAACAUGGUGCCAGAAUGUGGUGCCAACACACCAGAGAUUGCCUGAAGCUACUAGCACCCUUUGAGAAAUAAAUAAACACUUGAUCUCAGGACAAGUAGUCACAGGCAAAAAAACGGGAGCUCUGAUAACUUUCCUGCUUAUAUCUGAACAGAUGUCAAAAGGCAAACAGCGUGAGAAACUGCAUCGUCAGCAUCCAUCAAAAAAAAAAAAAGUCGUAGCUUGCCCGAGUUCAUACAAAUACAGGUAUAUUCCCUAUGGGACUAAAAUAUGAACUUGACACCAGACCUAUGGAAUCUUGGAUCAAAAGAGGUGCUUAAAUUGUGAAUCAGGUAUGCCUAGAUGUUAGUAUUACAUCACAAGAAAAGCCUACAGUUAAUAACAUCUAAAGAUGGCACCUAAUGGAGGUCUAAGUUACUGUCAAGUACACCCCAGAAUUUGACUGCUAUACAAAUGUUGUGGCUUUAAAUCUGUAUUGCUGUUUUGAAAAUUCUGAUAACUUGAGUCAGAGAGGAGGAUAAGGCAGUAGGUGGUGUGUGAAUUUCAACUUAAGUCCUACGACACAGCCAAAUGCCGGAACUUCAGUGGAAAAUUGAGGCAGAAAAAAAAGAAAGAAGACGAUGGUAAUUUCUGAAUGUAGAUUGAGUCCUCCCUUUUUUUCUCUUUUUUUUUGCAAGCACUUGGAAAUAACCUUGCAUAACUAUAUUCCUUUUGACAUUUAAGUUAUUGCAUUCUUUUGCAAGGUCCAGAAUUUCAGUACUUAGAUCUUUCAGUCUUGUAGAAGCUGCAGUCAACUAACUAGACUUUGCUAUAAGAUCAUGCUGGAGAAUGAAAAUCCAGGCUUUUUCUUUUCUCAAACAAAACCAUAAAUGCCUACACGAACUAGCAUUCAGAUCAACAUUGCAUUCAAAAUCAUGGACUAUUUCAUGUUUAAAGUACAUUUGCCACAUCUUUAUUUUUAAGUCAUGUACAUAUAAAUAUUCUACUUACCGAUGAUUAUCGAAAUGACCACUUUGUGUGUAGAAUGUAUUUCACAAUUUAGACAAGAUGCAAGUCACUGUGUACAGUUUUCUUAUGACAAUGCAUUUGAUGUACUUAUGACUGUACAGAAUGGGUUUUUUUUCAUAAAAUGAUCUUAAAUUAUGUGCCUUUUUGCAUAAUGCUUACAAUAAUAAAUAUCCUGUGACCAGAA